UUUUGAAAUUUUGCAGUUUGCAACUGUUUAAAAUCAAAACUUUUGAAUAAAGCACAGAUAGGCUAUAUGGCAAAAUGUCCUCAAAUGCAAGACAUGUAACGAGUUAUAUACAUUGGAUUGGAGGACCUGUAACUGUGAGCUUUUCAGUGGCAUUAGUUAUUGCGGCUUUAGCAGGUCCUCAAUGGCUUUCGACUGAAGAAAAAAUUCUUUAUACAUCAAGGUACAAUGGAACAAGCUCCGUCAAAAGCUUCAGAGAUAAUAGCGGAUAUAGAACAAUUUAUACAAAGUCCAGCCUUUGGAAAUUAUGUACUUCUUCAACAACAAUGGAUUGGAAUUGUUCGUCUAUCAACCUGUUUGCAGCAGAGGACUACAAUCCUGAUACAAAUGACUCUAACAUGGCUGUCCUAUAUACCAUUGUAAAAUCUGCACCUUUCUUCAUCAUUUCCGGGGUAUUUCUUCUGGUUGGUUUUGGUUUGUUUAUAUUGGAAACAUGCUCCCAUCAACACAGCAUUUCCUACUUCAUCUCCGGAGGUCUCUUCAUUAUCUCAGGUCUCUUAAUGCUUAGCGGAAUGAUAAUGUACAUCUCUAUUUUUAAAUCGGAAGUUGGAUUCAAAUUACGACCGAAAUCAUUUCAUCAACCUCGACUUUUCUCUUUCAAUUACGGCCAGAGCUUCUAUCUCUACAUAAUUGGCUUUAUAUGCACAGAAGUUGUAGGAGUGGUCAAUGUAUUUAUGUACAUAUCACAAUUGCAGAUUAGUGACAAAAGGAAAAUUCAAUGCCUGAGUUACAAUCCAACCGAAAUGAGCUUUUUUAGGAAGAGGGAUGAUAGCAACUUUGAGAAUUUACGGCCAAUUUUAGGAUAUAGAAAACAGGCUAUUCAGCCAAAUAGACCAUAUUCACCAGGAAGCUUUAGGAAGCAAAAUAAGUGCAAUCUUCAUUCUCAGUACUUCACGAAGAGUCUCAAUGAACUGUAUGAAAAUGACAUAAAUUUGUCAGUUAAUGAGAGAGAAUCUAUAUUUGGCUAUCCUCAAGAAUUUCCAAUAACCCGAACACUUUCAUCAACUUCCGACAUCAUUUCCAACAACCGGGAAAUAUUUUCUGGGCAUGACAGCAGAGAAAAAGACCAAAAAUCUUCCCUUAAGCAUUUUUUCAAUGGUUCAAAGUCCAAAGCUGAGAAAGAGGAAGAAAUUGUAAAAGAAGCCACUCGGAAAACCGGAAGACAUUUCAAUCCUCACAGUAUUUACUUCAUUGAGGACAACACUGCAGGAACAGAAGGAACAAUUUAUGUUGUAGAAGCUCAAUCAAACUUAAACAAUCAUCAUUCAGAAAUUAGUAUUCACCGGUCAAAAUCCUUCCAAUCCAACAAACUCUUCGAUGAGAGGGAACUCGAUAAGUCUAUGCAAAAGCAAUUUUUCAAUUCUGACGAUAAGAUUCUGUCCAAUCGCAAUCAAAGACUCUAUUCCUGCAACAUUGAUGAGAAACACAGGAACAAGAGCAUCUACCAAAGUCGAACUCUACCACGGGAUUUUCUCAAACGCAGCAAUCAAUUCACAGAUGAAUUCUUCUCAGGACAACCCUAUCAUGGACAAUACCGAUACGAUGGGGCAUUUGAUAACACAUUCGUUCACAAGUCCAUUGAUGAUUUUAUAAGAUUGAAUGAGGAACCCAUUCAUCAUAACAAUCAAUGGCCAAAAUGUAUCCCAACCUCACCAUCGGCCAUCUCAACAAAAUCUCACAACCUGCACAAUAUCCCAGACAUCAGCUACAGGAACAAUAUCUUCUACCAACAUCCCAAAUCAACAAUUCAUCAUGUUCCAUCCUCUGAGGAAUUCUCCACAUUCGACUUGGACCAAAUUGAGCGGGAAAGGCGCAAAUCACAUGCAAAUCUCUUUGACUAUCGCAAUAAGUACGAUAAUUCUAAAGGUACUCCCGUGUGAGUGAUAUUCUUAUCAAAUUAUUUAGGGAAGAACUUAAAGGGCAUCUUUUGAAUAAGUUUUUAGAUUGAAUUCAUGACGUAAUUUUAUUAUAAGGGAAACUGGGGCACCACCAAACACGGGGUAGCAC